AUGUUGGAGAUACUACUCCCUCAUGCCAAGAUCAACUCCGGUCAUCAAAAAGCAGUGGGCACGCUUCUCCAUGCCUCAGUGGGCAGUGAGCACUAUCGACUUUACCGGGCGGCAGAGGAAUUCGACGAUGCAACCUGGAAGGAUUUUCGUGCCGGGAGCUGGGAGCUGCGUUGUGCGGUGCUUGCCAGUGCGGAUGCCAUCGUAUGCACUUUACAUGCAGCUCGUGAGACGGCCAUACGUGGUAAUGUGCAGGCCCGAGCCAUCUUGGUCGACAAGGCUGCUCGAGCCACUGAGCAAUACGAAUUCCCCCAUGGGCCAUUUGCGGGCAUCCGCAAGUCACCCAAUGUAGCAGUCGACGUGGAAAACGCCAUGGUGCCCAGAAUUGUCGUUGAGAGCGGGUGGAGUGAAUCCCUCGACGAACUUCGUGAAAACGCAGGAGAAUGGCUCGUGAGAGGAAAUGGCGCAGGCCAAGCUGCCAUCAUCAUAAAAUGGACACCCAGCCGGACAACCCGCCGUGUCCGCGAACCAGCUCCGGAUGUCACUAUUCUCUCGGCUCCACCGGAAUGGUCUGCAUGCCACCAUGCUCACGGAGCAGCACCGAAUGCAGAGCGCGUGGCACAGAUGGUCAGUUCGGUCUUCUACAAUGGCGAGCUGCAGACGAGUCGUGACACUGCCGAUCUGACCCGUGAGCUAGCCCGCCAGAUCAACCUGUACAAUCGUCGCACGCUUAGCCGCUCGGGCCAAAUGCUAUUCCUCGUGAAGGACAGCAUCGACCACCACGACGCCCAACAACUUUCUCGUCUAGCCCAUCGCAGUGUCGCUGCUGCGCUUGUGAUUCGCCUGCUUUCCCAACAAGUCGCCGAGCCGACAAUACUUGUUACACCAUAG